AUGUUUUUUCGCAUAAUAGCAUUUGUCUUUGCUCAUGCUUGCUUCAAAUCCCAACAGGGCAUCGACUGGAAGUGCACCCGUUACAUGAUCGGCGAGAUUCAAUAUGGCGGCCGAGUGACGGACGAUUUCGACUCGAGACUUCUCAUCACUUUGACGCGGGCCUACUUCCAAGAGAUGAUGUUCUCUCCAGACUUUGAGAUCUUUACUAACUAUCCGAUACCCCGACUUCAACAGGUCUCUGACUACCUUAACUUUAUCGCAAAUGACCUGCCAGCUCGCGAUGCACCUGAAGUCUUCGGUUUGCAUUCCAAUGCUGAAAUCACCUACUCCACACAGACGACCUGCUACAUUCUGUCCACAAUAGUGUCAAUUCAGCCGAAAGACUCUUCUGAUCAGGCCAGUGAUGGUGAUCCGGCCGGAUCAGGACAGGCCAAUGAAGCCGGUGCUGCGGCAAGUGAGCCUCACAGCGCCGGUGCUGCCAACAGCAGUGGAGUGGAGACUCGAGAGGCUGUAGUUCAUCGACUCUGCACUGACAUGCUUUCCAAAUUGCCAUCGCUCUACAAUCCCUUCCGGACGGCCGAGCAACUCGAGGCUCUGGGCAACUUGAAACCGAUGACCAUAUUUCUGCGACAAGAGGUGGAACGCAUCAACAAAGUGCUCCAAAUGGUGCUAGAAACAGUCACUGAUCUGAGGCUUGCAAUAGACGGCACGGUCGUGAUGAAUGAAAUGCUACGAGACGCUUUAGACUGUAUCUACGACGCUAGAGUGCCUGGCUUGUGGAUGAAGGUGAACAGAUUACAUAUGCUUGCACAUACUUUACAUUUUCUCAAACUCCAAACCCCUGCCCUGAAAGCUAAAAGCUCGGCCAAAACUCCCACUAGAAGCUAG